GCCCCCACCUUUGAUCGAAUUCAAAUUUACGAUUCCAACGGCUACUUUCUCCCCUAUAUGUAAAUAUUGUAGUGGACAGUAGCCGUUGAAACAUAGACAAAAAAGCUUUUCUCCCCCUUCUUCUCUCCAUAGCUCCUUUUCUCAAUUCAAUCAAUCUUCGAAUCGAACACAACAAGGAUUCUCUCAAUCGCAUCUUCAAUUAAGGUGGUGUGGUGGUGGUGAUUUUUUUGCUAAUUGUUGAAAUUGAGGAAUAAAAUGGUGCCAUUGACGCCUGAUCAGUCGAAGAAAUCGGGAGUUGGGGUUACGCCAUCUCCAUCUCCGUUUCUGACUCCUCGUCCCGAACGGCGACGAACUGAUUCGAGAGGAUCUGAUUCGAAUUCUAACCAUCAUCAGCAGAAUAGGGAUAAAGAAGUUAAUGUGCAGGUUGUGUUGAGAUGCAGGCCAUUAAAUGAUGAUGAACAGCGGUCAAAUGUUCCACAAGUGAUAUCAUGUAAUGAAAUAAGAAGAGAAGUUAGUGUCUUGCAAAGUGUAGCCAAUAAGCAAGUCGAUAGAAUCUUCUCCUUUGACAAAGUGUUUGGUCCGAAGGCACAGCAAAGAUCAAUUUAUGAACAAGCUAUUGCCCCUAUUGUUAAUGAAGUACUUGAAGGCUUCAACUGCACCGUCUUUGCUUAUGGGCAAACAGGCACCGGUAAAACAUAUACGAUGGAAGGUGGGAUGAAAAAUAAGGGUAAGGAUCUGCCUGCUGAGGCUGGUGUUAUCCCACGGGCCGUUCGUCAAAUCUUCGAUACACUUGAAGAGCAAAAUGCAGACUAUAGCAUGAAAGUGACAUUCUUGGAGCUCUACAAUGAAGAAAUUACUGAUUUGUUGGCUCAGGAUGAUCAAUCACGAUCUGCAGAAGAAAAGCAAAAGAAACCUAUUUCCUUGAUGGAGGAUGGAAAGGGCGCAGUGGUUGUAAGGGGCCUUGAAGAAGAAGCAGUUUACAGUUUAAGUGAGAUAUAUACUCUUUUGGAACGAGGAUCUGCCAAAAGGCGUACAGCAGACACCUUGUUAAACAAGCGUAGCAGCCGCUCUCAUUCUAUCUUUUCCAUUACUCUCCACAUUAAAGAAUCAUCUGUUGGUGAUGAGGAACUGAUCAAAUGUGGAAAGCUUAAUCUUGUUGAUUUAGCCGGAUCAGAGAAUAUAUCUCGCUCAGGUGCACGAGAGGCUCGAGCAAGAGAAGCAGGAGAGAUUAAUAAGAGCUUACUUACCUUGGGCCGUGUUAUAAAUGCAUUGGUUGAACAUUCUCCUCAUAUACCUUACAGGGAUAGUAAGCUUACUAGGCUGUUGAGAGAUUCUUUGGGAGGAAAGACAAAAACUUGUGUCAUUGCCACAAUUUCUCCUUCUGCUAACUGUUUGGAAGAGACUCUUAGUACUCUAGACUAUGCCCAUCGUGCAAAACAUAUCAAGAACAAACCUGAGGCAAACCAGAAAGUAUCUAAAGCUGUGCUACUUAAGGAUUUGUAUCUAGAAAUAGAGAGGAUGAAAGAAGAUAUUAAAGCUGCAAGGGACAAGAAUGGUGUUUAUAUCCCACGUGAGAGAUAUGCUCAAGAUGAAGCUGAAAAGAAGGCAAAAUCUGAGAGGAUUGAACAACUUGAAAAUGAUCUCAACCUUAGCGAGAAGCAAGCUGAAAGCUUCCGAGAGCUUUAUUUGACUGAACAAAAAAUGAAACUGGACAUGGAACACGAGCUCAAGGAUUGCAUGAUAACUUUGGAAAAGCGGAACAAGGCAUUAUCUGAACUACAAGAUGAACAUGGGUUAGCCAUUGCAGCCUUGAAAGAAAAGGAGUCCAUCAUUUCUCAGCUGAAAACCUCAGAAAAUUCCUUACUUCAACGUGCAAAGUCAUUGCGCAUGGACUUGCAGAAUGCCUCUGAGGAUAUAAGUUUAUUAUUUGAUAAAAUUGACCAGAAAGAUAGGAUGGAAGCAGAAAAUCAGAGUAGGGUGUUGACAUUUGGAUCUCAGCUUGAUCAAAAUUUAAAAGAUCUUCACAAGAUCAUCGUAGGUUCUGUUUCUCAACAUCAAGAACAGCUAAGAUGCAUGGAAGAACAUGCACACACGUAUCUUGCAAGUAAAUCUGAUGCAACUCAAAUCCUGGAGACAAAAGUAGGGAAAAUGGCUCAGACUUACUCUUCGGGAGUGGCUGCCUUAAGACAGUUAAUCAAAACACUGCAACAGAAUAUUUCCACCGACCUAGAACAGAUGAAUGCUACAGUUUCAUCACAAGCAAUUAAUGUUGAAAAUUUCUUGGUUAAUGCAGUAUUGGAUGCCAAAGAGGUUGUCAAGGACAUUCAAAGUUCUCUUGAUGAUCAAAAACAGCUUCUUGAUCUCUAUGUUCAACGCCAAGAGGAGGAAUUGCAACACAGUUUGGCUUCGGCGCAGAAAAUAUCAAAUGCAAGUAUGAACUUUUUUAAUGAACUUCAUUCACAUGCAUCAAAAGUUAUGACACUGCUUGAAGAAAGUGAAAUUGAGAGGUCCAAUCAAUUAGUGAAUUUUGAGAAGACGUUCAAGGCGUUGGCAGAGAAAGAGGAGAAACAAGCUCUGACGAACAUUGCAGCCAUUAUUGCAAAUUUGACAGCUAAGAAGGCUGAGAUGGUAUCAGAGGCGUCAAUAAACAUUCAAGAAUGGAACCUACAGCACAACAAGAUAUUACAGCAAGAAAUGUCCUGCAUGCAGCAAGUAUCAAAUUGUGCCAAGAAGGAAAUGAAUGAAUAUGUUGAAAAGGUGGAAUCUCAUUUCACAGAGAGCAUGGUUUCAUCAAAUGAGUCUAAGACUGCACUGGAAAAUGCAAUCGACGAAUGCUCAAAGAGAUUGGAUCAUUCUCAAGGACUAUGGGAAGAUGCGCAAUCAUCGGUAAUAAAACUGAGUAAGAAUGGUGCUACAGAGAUUGAAUCUACCGUAAAGGCUAGUAUUUGCAAAAACAAUUUUGCACAUGAAGAAUUUGCGACUGUUUCUUCAACACUGGAUGCUGAUUUUGAUGCUGAAGUCAGUAGUGCACUAGCUGCAGUAAAUGAUUCUUUGAGAUUAGACCAUGAAAAUAAAAAGGAGUUGGACUCAAUUUCUACCUCUUGCUUGGAUGAGCUAAAAUCCACACAAGAUAACCAUGGAAGAACGAUAUCGAAAAUCCGAGACCAGGCAGAACAGUGCCUUAUAAAAGAUUAUCUGGUGGAUCAACAUUCCGACUCAACGCCGAAGAAAAGAGUAAUAGCAGUGCCAAGUUUAGCAUCCAUUGAGGAGAUGAGAACUCCUGCACAUCAUCUGAAAGAAGGAAUUUCAAUAGAAAACAAGUUGAAAUGGGGAUUGACAGAAGACAAAAUUCAACAUGGAGCAGUGUUGUUACCCUCAAGAGCUCCUUUUACAAAUGUCAACUGAAAAGAAGAGCACCAUAAAGCAAAUGCAAAUGUCUAAAAGUUUAUUCUUCUUCUUCUUGAAGUCGAUGUUUGUACUGAGAAACCCUUUCACAAAUGUUUUUAAAAAGUCAAGAAAAAAAAUUGUUUUUAGAAAA